AUAAUUGGACGCCUAAUAAUGAUUGCCUUAUCCUUCAAGUUCCCAUCUUUUAUCUUUUCCACCAUUUUAGCGACUUGAUAAUUUUCUUUAAGAUUUCUCUUAUUUCCGAUUUCCAUGUAUCUUUCUUCUAAUCAAAGUGAAGGAAAACAACUACAGGUGGCUUGUCUAUGGUUUCCACAGUUUUCCCCUCAGAGCUCGAAUUUUUAAUGGUCUCUUUUUCCCUCUCCUUUUGUUUGUUGAAUUGAAUUGAAGUCGCCUCCCUUUUCCCCUUUCAAUUCAAUUGUUUAGAUUACAUCAAGUAUACUAUUAGUUCAAUUCAAACUGUUAACCUCCAUUCCAUAAUUUUUUAUUUUUUUCUCUCUCUUCUUUAGGCUAUGUUGAGCAAGUUCAACUUAAUUCCUAUUCUCCUUCAAAAACCCUUUUGGGAAUUCGAGAAUUCUGAACUGGGUUUGCCUGGAAAUCAAGCUUCGAUGGAAAUUUCUGGGAUUUUAGCGAUGCUUUUGUAAUUUAAAUGUGACCCAACUUGGGGUUUUCGAUUUUGAGGUUUGAAGUUCUUGUCUAGUGGGUGGAUUGUUUUCAUUGUUCCAGAUGGUGAGUUCUUUAGAUUUCUAUUGAUAUUUUUAAGUAAGGAUUUUGAUAUUUGGUAUUCUGUUUACAAGGAUUGGAGAUUGUUAAUGUAUAGCUUCUGGUUUUUUAAAUUGGGGGGUUCUUAUAUUGUGGAUUGGAGAGGUUAGGAUAUAGAAUGGAUGAAGCUCAGGGAGGCGGCUUGACUUCACUGCCUCCAUUUUUAGUUAAAACGUAUGAUAUGGUUGAUGACCCUUCAACCAAUUCGAUUGUUUCGUGGAGUUCUAGUGAUAAAAGCUUUGUUGUAUGGAACCCACUGGAGUUCUCAUCAGUUUUGUUGCCUAAAUUCUUUAAGCAUAGCAACUUCUCCAGCUUCAUCAGGCAGCUCAAUACUUAUGGGUUCAGAAAGGUGGAUCCUGAACAAUGGGAAUUUGCUAAUGACGAUUUUGUUAGAAGUAAGCCACACCUGAUGAAGAAUAUUCACAGGAGAAAACCAGUCCAUAGUCAUUCUUUACAGAACCUUCAUGGACAAGGAAUAUCUCCUCUAACUGAAGUGGAAAGAAAUGGUUUAAAUGAUGACAUUGAAAGGCUGAAACUGGAUAAAGAGCAGCUUCUUCUUGAGUUGCAAAAACACGAACAAGAGUAUCAAGGAGUUGGAUUGCAAAUGCAAAAUUUGAAAGAUCGAUUUCAAUGUGUGCAACAGGAGAUGCAAUCAUUUAUCAGUUUAAUGGCUCGCAUUUUGCAGAAACCCGGACUUCACUUGGACCUCCUGCCACAAUUGGAAACUCCCGAGAGAAAGAGGAGAUUACCUAGAGUUUCUUACAACAAUAAUGAAGACAAACUUGAGGACAAUCAGAUGGGGACAACUCAAACCAUUGGUAGAGAUGAUAUGGGUUGUAGUUUUGAUUCAAUCUUUAAAAAAGAGCAGUUUGAACUUAUUGAGACGUCUCUCACAUUUUGGGAAGGCAUUAUCCUUAGUUAUGGUCAAACAGUUAGUCCACUUGAUUCAAGCUCAAACCUGGAGUUGGGUGGAUGUGUAAGUCAUGCCAGUAGCCCUGCUACAUCUUGCAGACAAGUUAGUGAGGAAUUUCGGUGUAAAUCCCCUGGAAUAGACAUGAAUUUGGAGCCCGUUCCAACCGUUGCUCCUGACUCUCUAGCCUCGAAAGAUCAAGAAGCUGGAGUCAAUGCUCCAGUACCAACCGGAGCUAAUGAUGUUUUCUGGCAGCAAUUCUUAACAGAGAAUCCUGGUGCAUCUGAUCCACAAGAAGUUCAAUCGGCCAGAAAAGAUUCGGAUGUCAUAAAUGAUGAAAACAGACAGAGUGAUCACGGGAAAUUUUGGUGGAACACAAGGAGUGUAAAUAAUGUUGUAGAACAGAUAGGACACCUUAAACCAGCUGAGAAAUUUUGAUAAUAGGUUGACUGUUUUUCUGAAUUACUGAUUCCCCUUAGCUCACAUGUAACACAGUUUAUUAUGAAUAGAAACAUUUGAGCUCUCACCCAUGUCUUUUUUCAGUUGAUCACGUUGAUUUUGAUUCCCUCAUAAUGCUCGACUUGUUUAGAGAAUUAGUGGCUGUACCUACGAAUGAACAAUGUUUUUUACUGCUUUAGUGAUGUAAUAGGGACAGACAUUGUCACAUUAGUGUUGGAUCAGUGUAUAGUAUGCAGGUGAUUAUUUCUUAGGAAUUAGAAUCCUGCGGAAAUAUAUUCAUAUGUUGGCUCAUUAUUCAAGUUUGCUGAAAUCGACUUCAUAGUAUUCUAA